UGUGGCGUGACGCAGUGAGUCGCGCAGCCGCGGCGGAAGCGGGCAGACGGAGGUCGGGAGCUCUCGGUUUGGCCAGCCCGGAGGGAGGGGAGCCUCGUGGUAGCGGUGACCGGAGCUGAGCGUUUCAGAUCUGCUUAGUGAACCGGUGUAUCACCCACCAUGCUGGCUGCAAGGCUCGUGUGUCUCCGGACACUGCCUUCCAGGGUUUUCCAGCCCACUUUCACCAAGGCCUCCCCACUUGUGAAGAAUUCCAUCACGAAGAAUCAAUGGCUCUCAACACCCAGCAGGGAAUAUGCUACCAAGACAAGAGUUAGGAUUCACCGUGGGAAAACUGGCCAAGGACUGAAAGAGGCAGCUUUUGAACCAUCAUUGGAAAAAAUCUUUAAAAUUGAUCAGAUGGGAAGGUGGUUUGUUGCUGGAGGAGCAGCUGUUGGUCUUGGAGCGCUGUGCUACUAUGGCUUGGGAAUGUCUAAUGAGAUUGGAGCUAUCGAAAAGGCUGUAAUUUGGCCUCAGUAUGUGAAGGAUAGAAUUCAUUCUACUUACAUGUACUUAUCAGGGAGUAUUGGUUUGACAGCUUUGUCUGCCUGGGCAGUAGCCAGAACACCUGCUCUAAUGAACUUCAUGAUGAGAGGCUCUUGGGUGACAAUUGGUGCAACCUUUGCAGCCAUGAUUGGAGCUGGAAUGCUGGUACAAUCAAUACCCUAUGAUCAGAGCCCAGGCCCUAAGCAUCUGGCUUGGAUGCUUCAUUCUGGUGUGAUGGGUGCAGUGGUGGCUCCCCUGACGAUCUUAGGGGGGCCUCUUCUCCUGAGAGCUGCAUGGUACACCGCUGGCAUCGUAGGAGGCCUCUCUACUGUGGCCAUGUGCGCACCCAGUGAGAAGUUUCUGAACAUGGGAGCGCCCCUGGGAGUGGGCCUGGGUCUUGUCCUUGUGUCUUCAGUAGGGUCUAUGUUUCUUCCCCCUACCACAGUGGCUGGUGCCACUCUGUACUCAGUGGCAGUAUAUGGUGGAUUAGUUCUUUUCAGUAUGUUCCUUCUGUAUGAUACUCAGAAAGUAAUCAAACGUGCAGAAAUAACACCAAUGUAUGGCGUUCAAAAGUAUGAUCCCAUCAAUGCGAUGUUGGGAAUCUACAUGGAUACAUUAAAUAUAUUUAUGCGAGUUGCGACUAUGCUAGCAACUGGAAGCAACAGAAAGAAGUGAAGUGGCGGCUUGUGAUGUCUCUGCUUACUGAUGCUCGCUUGCUUUUAGGAGCAGACAGUCAUUACAAUGUGCACUAGCAAAACUCCUUUGAGGUUUAGGAAGAUAACCUGUCACCAUGUUUAAAUGUUCAGUAAUGUGACCCUUCAGGCUUGCCUUUUCUUUUAGAGAAUAAAUUCAGUAGAUGUCUUCCAAAUAAGCACAUACAUUUUCAACUGUCAUGUUUGAGUAAUUUAAAAAUACUUUGGUGAAUGUGAACUAAAAAUUGUUACAAGAUUUCAAGUAUUUUUUUUAAUUUAUAGGGUAAGUAAAAUAUAGCAAAUUUGUGUGUACAUAUUUUGUGUAACUUGCAGAAUAUCUAAGGUCGUGAGUGACAUGGAGGUUUUGGUAUAGAAUCAGGGAGAAGUAAAAAGUCACUUGCAGUCAUGUUUUGAAAGCUUAGGACAGCAUCGAUUGUUGUGAGCCAAUGAGAGACGACUGAGAUGUGGAAACACCACUGUUGCUGGUCUGACACAGGUGUUUCUCCCUGUGCUUAUCAGUGGCCUCCUGGUUGCUCAUUGUUGGGAUAUCCUGCAUUGUUAGUGUUAACCCUAUAGAGACCCUGGUGGAAUUAUGUAUAUGUGAAUUUUACUGUGAAGUCUUCUAAGACAAAGGCCCUUAAAACUGUGCUCACUAUAAUGUACUUCAAAGCACGAGAUUUGCUUUCAAAUAUACAGUGUAUUUGUAGUUGCGGAGGUGUGUUGGGCAUUUUCUCAGUGUCUAAUUGAAAGCAUGCUUGCUUUUCUCAUCACAACUUUGACAGCUGUCAGAAAAACCUCCUUGUGGCUUAUGCUAAGAUUAGGAGCCUUUUUUCUAUGUUCCUCUCAGGUUAAGCAUGAACAAGCAAAGCAGACUUAGUUGAUUUGGGGGAAUAUUUGACUGAAAAACAACAGAGAGGUGCUUCGUUACUCUCCCUUAGCACGUUCUCUCUGUGUACUUACAUUUGUAAGGUUUUGAUACAGAUCACUUUGGGGGGGGGCACACCAGUGAAGUCUGAAUAUAUACACAGUUGCUAUUUUUGAGAAAUAUUUAUUACAGUAAUCCAGAAAUAACUAGUUUAAUCAUUUUAAAGUACACAGAAUGCUUAUUUCUAAAAUAAAAAUUCUAGCCAGA